AGCUCCUCCCAAACUGAGAUUGAGGGUAGCCAGCUGGGACAAUUUCACAAAAAGAGUAAUCUGUCAGUUUUUGUGUAUGAAAUUAUGUCAAAAUCAGAUCUCGUGAGCAAAAUAACUUGCCGAGGAUUAUAAAAAUUUGUGAAAAUGGCAUAUAAAUGGUCUACUAAAUUUCAAAAAAUAUCUUCUUACUGAUAAGAAACCUUAUCACCUGGGUUUUGACAGGAUAACGUAUUAAAACUAAAACAAUAUGUUAAUAAGUACAAAGCAGUUUUCUUGACAAACCCUUCGUUGCAUAUAAAAUGUUUUUCUGCGAAAAAUCGUUAACUAAGUAUCUAAUAGUGAUUGGUGUUAUUUUAACAUCUACAAAAUGUUAUUGCGGGGAACAAAAAUUUAUGUUCAGAGAAGAGCGCUUACAACUAAGGGAAGAGGCACGAGAUAUGUUUUAUCAUGCAUACAAUGCAUACAUGGAAAAUGCUUACCCUGCCGAUGAGCUAAUGCCUCUGAGUUGUUUGGGGCGCUACAGAGGGCUUACACCUAAUCGAGGAGAUAUUGAUGAUUCGUUAGGGAAUUUUUCGUUAACCUUAAUUGAUACUCUGGACAGUCUGGUAAUACUUGGGGAUCUAGAGGAAUUCGAACACGCAGUGAAACUAAUCAUAAAAGAUGUUUCGUUUGAUAAUGAUGUUGUUGUCUCUGUAUUUGAGACAAACAUACGAGUUUUGGGUGGACUCUUGUCUGCACAUAUCCUAGCGGAUUACUUACAGCAAAGGGAUGACAUCAUGUUGUGGUACAAAGGAGAACUGCUUGAUAUGGCAAAAGACGUUGGAUACAGAUUACUGCCAUCUUUUAAUACCACUACGGGAAUACCACAUUCUAGGGUAAACAUGAAAUAUGGUUUAAAGAGCGACCGUCUGGAAUCGGCUCGUGAAACGUGCACGGCUUGUGCCGGGUCGAUGAUUUUGGAAAUGGCAGCGUUGUCCCGUUUGACCGGAGAGCCUAUCUUUGAGGCUAAGGCCCACAAAGCUAUGGAUGAACUCUGGAAAAUGAGGCACAGGAGUUCGGACUUGAUGGGCACGGUACUUAACGUUCAUUCCGGCGAUUGGGUGAGGAGAGACUCUGGAGUCGGGGCGGGGAUCGACUCGUAUUAUGAAUAUUGCCUGAAGGCGUACAUUCUGUUGGGGGACAAUAAAUAUUUGAACAGGUUUAACAGACAUUACAAUGCAGUCAUGAAGUACAUUUCACAGGGACCAAUGUUGCUUGACGUUCAUAUGCAUAGACCUCAUACAAACUCUCGUAACUAUAUGGAUGCAUUACUAGCUUUUUGGCCAGGUUUGCAGGUGCUUAAGGGCGACAUAAAACCAGCCGUCGAAACACACGAAAUGUUAUACCAAGUAAUGCAACGGCACAAGUUCAUUCCCGAAGCUUUCACGACAGAUUUCCAGGUGCAUUGGGGCAACCAUCCCUUGCGUCCCGAAUUCUUAGAAUCCACGUACUUCCUUUACGUCGCUACCAACGACCCGUAUUAUCUGGAAGUCGGUAAGACUGUUUUGAAGAGCUUGCAGAAGUACGCCAGAGUGUCUUGCGGAUACGCGGCUGUGAACGACGUUAGGACCGGCAAGCAAGAGGACAGAAUGGAUUCGUUCGUACUGGCAGAGACCUUCAAAUAUUUGUUCUUACUCUUCGCCGAUAAGGAAGAUCUCGUACUGAAUCUGGACGAGUUUAUUUUUACGACGGAAGGACAUCUGUUGCCUCUCAGCUUGGCUGGACGCACAAGUAAUGGAACAAGGAGCUCCGAGUUGGAAAUAGAUGAUUCGGAGUUUGCCAGAUCCUGUCCCAAUACUCUAGAAUUAUUCCCCGAAUCCGUAAGGAAACCUUUGCAGAAUAUGGUCGAUGGAGUAUGUCCCAAAAAAAGUAAGAAAAGACGGCUCGUAGCCAGCGAAUUUUCCGCCGCAAAUCUAAAUCAUCUGAAGAUGAUUAAGGACAUGGGCAUAAACAUAAUCGCGUUAAAUGACGGCCGGGUCCAGCUCCUUCACACUUUUUCGGCAGCACGUUCGGCGUCAGACGCAGAGGAAGGCCUUCUUUUCAUGCAAGAGAUGGUGGAACUUUCCAAGCUCCAAGCACAACAGCCCGAACCUGCGGCCCAAUCGGUGGCUGUGCCAAUGAGGGACCAUACCGGAGAGGAACAGAUCAUCGUAAUGCAGGCGGGCCCGUCCCAGUUCGGAAAGAACCUGAAGGGCGAUCAGAAAAUUACCGCUCCAACGAUCAUCGUUCAACCGUUCCGUGGCUGCGGGGACAUACACUUGCCCGGAUUAAUAAAAGGAAAGAUUGCGAUUAUGGAAAGGGGCGAAUGUAUGUUUGUCGAUAAAGUACGGAAAGUCCAACGGUACGGCGCGGUCGCCGCUAUCAUCAUCGACAACACUCCCGGCAGCAGCACGGCGAGUUCCCCGAUGUUUUCCAUGUCCGGAGACGGUGUGGACGACGUAAAAAUACCUUCGGUGUUUUUGUUCAAUCAGGACGCGUCGAAAUUAUUACUAGCUCUGUCUAAGGACCCCAGAGUAGAGGUGACCAUAAGCGAAAUGAAGGAUUCUGAGAGGUGGUCUCAGGACGAGGAAGAAAGCAUGUUCCACAAGUUGAAGAUCUCCGUCCAAGAAUUCCUGAACAAGCACACGGGCAUAGCGUUUACUAAAAUAAUCGAAGUCGGGGGGUUCAAGGCGAAUAUCGGCAACGAUAAGAUUCGGAUAACCCACGAAGAUACCAAAGACGAAAUCAUCGCCAGAGAGACCAAUACCAACCAACAGUGGAGCCAAAUUCGAAAGGGACUCCUGAAGUCGAUACUUCACUCGGAAAGUAAAGAGUUAUUCGUGCCCCUAAAUAUUCUUCGAAUAUACUACCAAACCCUGAGCGGGGUUUCUAUAGAAGAGUUGAAGAACACCGAUGCCGUUAAACAGACCGAGUGGUUACUCACGGAACUGGUGAAAGAAAAUCAGAAGAAGGAGGACGAUCUGGUGAAGGCGGAGGAUGACCAAGGUGUUUCUAUUUUAGCGGAGAUAAGUCAGUUGACGAAGAGCGACGUGGAAUCCGCGACACAAAAUGAACGCGAAAAGUUGUCCGAGUUAGAUUCUAUCUUGCAGACCGUCAAUCGGUUAGAAAACUCGUACCAGACGGAAGACGUUUUAGGACAAGUUGUUAAUAAAGUAGAUUCGUCCGAUGAGCUAGUUGUAAGUGAACAAAAAAGUGAUAAAACAGGUAAAAGUAGUGAUGACGAUGAACAUAUUAAAACGAGAGUUACUCACACUGUGGAUGAGUUAUGAUAGAUACACGCAUAGAUUCCCGGGAUGCAAAAUAUUAUUUUCUGAAUUUUUGUAACGUCUACAUUGGAGAUAUAUUUAUUUACGUCAAGUAAUAAAAAAUUAAGACCAUAUCAAUUUUUAUGAUAUUUUAGUUUUUUUUUCAAAAAACGGUUACACGUGUUUUUUAAAAUUUACAAUCGAUGCCACGUUGAAUAUAAAUAAAGUCGUGUUGAAAAUACCCAAACGGAGAGAUUACUUGUGUUUUUUUUAAUAUUAAGUAACAUCACCUUUAAUUUUGUACGGAUCGUUUUACAUCGUUGAAAUUAAUUUGCGCGCCUCAUUAUUUUCAAAAAUAAGUUUCGCUGUUAACGAUUUGUCCAUUACGAAGUAUAUUUAGUAUUCGAAGUUUCAAAACUGUUGUUAAUGCAUCCACAUGUUCCUUGUACACUGUGUACAUAAAAUAUUUAUAAAUUGUAUAAAAUGUAAGAAAAAAUAUUUUUGUAUACAUAUUUUAAAAAACCGUUAAGUGUAA